CGGGCGGUCCCCGGGCAGGCUGGGGCUGCUGGGGGACCCGGGAAGUGACCCCGUCCCACGGGGGGACCUGCAGAGGGUCUCGGUGUCCCGGGGACGUGUCUCUGCGGCCAGGACCCCGUGGGUCACGCCUGCCCAGCAGUCAUGCCAGGCUCAUCACGCUCCUCGCUCUCAGCGGUUCCCAUGUUGGUCCAACCAAGGGUCGAGAUUUCCUCUGCACAGGACCCGGCCGGGCUCAGGCAACACACGAGUCCCCCUGAACUCAGGAAGCCGUUUCCAUGGCAGCUGCCCCUGGCUGUGAGCAGCACCCAGCCUGGGGACCGGGCUGGUGACACCACAAAGCCCCGCGUGACAUCAGCCCUGGACUUGUCCCCUCGGCCACCCUUGCUGAGCACAGACCCACGAGGCGGCCGCUCGGUGCUGGUCGUCUCGGUCUGCUCUCUGCUCCGGGUGACAGCCCAAGCACAGAGACUUCCUGUGAGCACCAUGGAGUUCAAGACACUUUUACCCAUCCUGGUGUGCUUCUCCAUGGGCUUUCUGAAGCCCACCGGCAUUGAAGAAUCCAGCACCCCCGACUGGGCCACGGCGGAGAGGAAAGACCUUUAUGAAGGCCCAGAGCAGCUGCCCACUGGUGCGGAGAGCCUGUUCGGGGAGUGGCUGGGGAGCUCCAGGCCUGACAGCCCCAAGAGCUGGGUCAGGGUCAGGGCAGGUGUCGAUCCUGAAGCCCCAGAGCAGCUUCCCGGUGGCACAGAGGGGAUGGCCUCGUCACUGCCCUACUCUCUGGACCAGUUUUGGGCCUUCCUAGCCCAAGAGUAUGACACCCAGGGCAGGGCAGGUGUCCAUCCUGAAGCCUCAGAGCAGCUUCCUGGUGGCACAGAGGCCAAGGCUUCAUCCCUGCCCUACCCUCUGGACCAGCUUUGGGCCUUCCUAGCCCAAGAGGAUCAACCCCAGGUCACGGCGGGUGUUGCACCUGGAGGCCCAAAGCAGCUGCCCGGUGGCACAGAGGCCAAGGCCUGGUCCCUGCCCUUCCCUCUAGACCAACUUUGGGCCUACCUUACCCAGCCCUACACAACAACAUGGCUCCCUGUUAUCUGCGAAACCAUGUUUCUGCACUGCCUGGCUGGGAUCGCCCGUUACAUCUGGAGGAGGGUGAAGAAACCCCAGGGACAGAGAAGGGGACGGACGGCCACAUCUCCUGCACGGACAGGCCGCCGGCAACGAGGCGCCGUCAGCCGAGACCAUCUGGAAUUGCUCCGCCGGCUGGAAAUCAACACUGCCCUCAUGAUCAGGCACGAGAGGCUUCGCUACCGCAGGCACCUGGAAGAGCUCUGGCGUCAGCUCUCCAGGGACUAGACGUUAGAAAUGAAAUGCACUGUUGGUUUUGCAUCCUAGUGUUAGAAUAUAGUGUUAGGUUUAGUGCUGUUUUCACAUUUUAGUGUAAGAGCAUAGUGUUGGGUUAAGUGCUGUUUUCACAUCCUAGUGUUAGAGUAUAGUGUUCGGUUAAGUGCUGUUUUCACAUCCUAGUGUUAGAGCAUAGUGUUGGGUUUAGUGCUGUUUUCACAUUUUAGUGUUAGAGCAUAGUGUUGGGUUAAGUGCUGUUUCUGCAUCCUAGUGUUAGAAGCACAUUGUUGAGGGGUUUUUAUAUCUAUACCCCUAGUGUAAGAGAAGCGAGAUACCUGCACGUUCCAAUCACACCUGGAGUGGCUUACAGUCCAAGAAACUGGGGGACUGAAUUGGGCUCCAUCUAGGAGAUCCGAACAUGGAGCAGGAUUUAUGGCCAAGAUCAGACCCAACAAAGCCACUACUAUCUUGCUCCUCGAAGCAGGACGACACCAGCAGGUAUAGAUCAUUUUGGUGUUUGGGAAGGCAGCCAAGGGGGCAAGAAAGGUCAGAAUUAUACCUUAAAAGGUAGAAAGUAACUAGCUAGAAUGAAAUGUGUGAACAGGGGCGGGAAACUUAGAGGCUCAUUAGACACGUCGGAGAGGCUGUAAACCCUGGAGUACCCAGCCAGUGGGGAAACAGGGGAGGGAACUUUGCGUCGGGAAUAGGGAACAGAAACCGUUCUUCACCUGACUCUGGGUGUGCCUGCUUGUUUAGGUCACCCAUUCUGGCAAGAGUGUCAAUAAACUGUGCUUCACUGAA